UUCCAUCAUUACAAAUCAUGGCAACUACUUACGACCGUCAGCACCACACCGCCCAACACCACACCGCCCAACCCCACUUCCGCUAUGACCGCACCACCGGCGAUAAACUCCCUUACCCGCAACCAGGUCCAUCCGGCAGCAAAAUAAUGGCGAUCAUGGCCUUACUUCCAAUCGGCGGGAUCUUACUUGGCCUAGCGGGAAUCACCCUCGUCGGAACAAUGAUCGGACUUGCUGUUGCUACUCCGGUGUUCAUCAUUUUCAGCCCUGUUAUUGUCCCUGCGAUUUUAACAAUCGGCUUGGCUGUCACUGGGUUUUUGACUUCGGGAACUUUUGGGUUGACUGGGCUGAGCUCGUUGUCGUACUUGGUGAACCUGUUGAGGCAGUCAACACCGUCGCUUCAAGAUCAGAUAGACUAUGCGAAGGAAACAGUUCAGGAUGUCGGAAUGUAUACUGGCCAGAAGACGAAGGAGAUGGGUCAGACGAUUCAGCAGAAGGCUCAUGAGAUCGGACCUCAGGGUCAGACUGGUCAAGGGCAUCAAGUUGGUGGAGGUGUUCAUGUUCAAACUGCUGGAGGGAAAGAAGGUGGGAAAGUUGGUGAUCGGACUUGAGGAUUUUGAAGAUUUAAAGAGUGUCUGGGAAUAAUGUUAAUUGUAAUCUUUUAGUUGUGUUUUCGAAUGUUUGUUUUGUUGUACUUUUUUUUUUUCUGGUGGUAUAAUCGUUUGUUGUACUUAUGUGUGUGAAGAUUUGGUUUUCAUAUGAUCGGUUGUUUUGGUUGAAUCAAAAUCAGGUUAAAUGGA